AUGGCUGGCGCGUUGAAUCAGGAGGAGGAGUUAGUGUGGGACCCACUCUACCCGAGUUUGCAGGCCUACGCAAAACACUUCGACUACGAUCUGUUGGGGCAAAAGGUGCGUCGAACUGCGCGUUUCUUUGCACACCCACAGAGCCAUAUAGAGCGGUGGGUUCGUGAGCAGCAGAUGGAGAUUAUCGCCAUCGGGGCCUCUCUCAUGCUCUCAGUCAUCAUACUCUUUCUCUGCAAAGCGGUUAUCAUCGGAUGCAUCGUCAGCAGCCUCCGCUCCUUGCGGUACUUUCUGGCCCUCCGAUCGAUUAGUAAGAAGUACAAGAAGGCGCUGAAGACGUGUGACUACGAAAAUGCUGAUGCGGAUGUCUUCGCGGCUGAGGUCUAUCGCAAAGUUGUUGAGACGCGCAAUCUCUAUAAAUACCGUGACAAGACGGACAUGAUUGAAUACGAUUCCGGUCGAUUUAAUUGGGAGACAAUUCGAGAAACAGGACUUGCAUACGAAGAGCUACUGAAGAAGAAGCAGUUAGAGGGGGAAGUUACAAAAAAGAGUCAGGGAGCUGCAUAUAAGCAAAAUUCGGACUGGGAAUUGUCCAACCUACAUUUUCGAUCAUUUUACCGACAAAAUUAA